UCACAGCAGCCGUCUCCUCUCGCCUUGUUGGCAGCCACUUGCAGUCGAAUUGACACCCCAGGAGAGGGUGAUUCAUCUGCAGACCAACAACAACAAAACCAGCAGCAACAGCUGGACUUAAACCAGGGUGUUUUCACCUCCACAGCCAAUGGCUGGCAGGUUAUCCCUCUUAGCGUUCAAACAACCUCAGGCACUAACACUGUCACCACCGACUCAUCAGGGAUCAUGACAGUAGGAGACAUAGGCAAGUGCAGGCAGGUGUUGUCACAAUCAGCAGUUGCUGUUAGCACCCAGCAGCAGCAGCAGCUUCAACAGCCACAGCAAUACGUAGUAGCUCAGGCUCCAUCAAUGCACGGGCAGCAGGUGCUUACCACCAUGUCGGGUAUGAUGCCCAACAUCCAGUACCAGAUUAUUCCCCAGUUUCAGACGAUAGAUGGCCAGCCUCUGCAGUUGGCACAUGCUCAGCAGGAUAAUACAGUAUCUGCUGGAGCAGGGCAGCAGUUUCAGAUAGUGUCAUCCGCCAAUGGCCAGCAGAUCCUAGCUACGACCAACAGAGCUGGGGCUGGAGGAAACAUCAUAACAAUGCCCAGUCUCCUCCAGGGAGCCAUCCCCAUACAAAAUAUAAGCUUAGGUAAUGGCAUGUUACAAAACCAACCCCAGUUCCUGGCAAAUAUGCCUCUGUCAUUAAAUGGAAACAUCACUUUGUUGCCCGUCAGCACCGGAACAAGUGGAGGGGGAGAUGCAAGUGGUGGAGGGGAUACAGGGGGGAACCAAAUUAUACAGCAACAGCAACAUCCAGUGUGCAGUGCGGCAGCUUACAUGACAAGUGCGCCGACUAUCACCACGCAGGCCUCUUCUUAUGGAAUCGCCCAAACGCACAACAGCAAUGGAGUGACCUUCCAGCAGAGCGUAUCUUCUCUGGGUGUCCCCAUACAGCCAGACAACAGAGACGGGCUGCAGCCACAGCAGAUCCUGAUCCAGCCUCAGCAGAUCAUCCAAGGUGGAGCCCCCCUCCAGACCAUCCAGGCCGGUACUGUCACGACCGCUGGGGGUCAGGUCUUUACGACUCCGACACUCAGCCAGGAAGGGCUUCAAAAUCUUCAAAUUAUGCCAAACACGGGCCCCUUCCUCCUGCGCACUGUAGGCCCCAACGGCCAGGUGAGCUGGCAGACCAUUCAGAUCCAGAGUCCAACGGGGCCUCAGAUAACGCUGGCCCCGAUGCAGUCUCUCCCUCAACUCGGCCAGGCUCAGGGGGGAGCUGGCGGAGUAUCUGUCAACACCGUGCAGAUCCCAGGCCUCCAGACCAUAAAUCUCAACACGAUCGGAGGCACUGGCCUGCAGAUGCACCAGCUGCAGACGGUUCCCAUCUCCAUCGCCAGCUCAGCAGUAGACCAGGCGCUGCAGGGGGGUGGAGAAAGUUUGGAUGACGGCACAGCUAUGGACGAUGAGGAUUUAAGCCCACAACCUCAAGGGAGACGUAACCGCAGAGAAGCCUGUACCUGCCCCUUCUGCAAGGACGGAGAGGGACGCAGGGACCCUAAUAAAAAGAAGCAGCACAUUUGUCACAUCUCCGGCUGUGGGAAGAUCUACGGCAAGACGUCCCACCUGAGGGCUCACCUGCGCUGGCACACGGGAGAGCGACCCUUCGUCUGCGGCUGGUCCUUCUGCGGCAAAAGAUUCACCCGCUCAGACGAGCUUCAGCGCCACAAGAGGACGCACACUGGUGAGCAUUCUGUUUAG